AUGUUAAAACUUGCUAUAUUAUUAUAUUUUGUAAGAUUGUGUAAUAGUAGUAAAAUUCUUGUGGUAUUCCCCGUGCCGGAGAAGAGACAUGGCGUCCUCAGUGACUCUCUUGUUAAGGCACUUUUGGAAGAAGGACACGAGUUGACGUAUGUGACGAAGUUUCCGCAAAAGAAGAAAGUGCACAACUUGAAAUAUGUUGACAUAAGUUCAAAUAUCGAAUAUGACUCAGAAGACUACUGGCCGAAGCCAGAAAACACAGCUAAUAACUCCUUGCACAUGGAGAACCUUGGAUUGAAAUAUGCGCAGCGAGCUCUGAUGCAUCCAAACAUGCAGGAGUUGAUGAUGAAUACGACGUGUUCAUUCGAUCUAAUCAUAGCUGAAUGGUUUUACUCUGGACUACUAGCACCGUUAUCACCACUGUAUAAGUGUCCCCUUAUCUGGUACUCAUCAACAGAUAGUUCUUGGAAAUCAAUUGGCUUAGUCAGCUCAGAAGUGAAUAAAUUCUCUUUAUAUAAUCCAGGGUUGACAAUUAUUGAACGAAUACAUUAUAUUUGGACGCAGCUUAACCGGAUUGUUCAGAAUUAUUACCACAUCAGCUCCAAAGAGCUCCCAGCUUAUGAAAAAAGUUUUCGUGAUGCUUUCCAUAAUCGUGAACGAGUACUACCUAACUAUGAAAUGGUUGUACAUAAUAGUUCGUUCCUAUUUAUUAACUCACAUGCUUAUCUUGAUCAACUAUCAGGUUUACCCACAAAUGCUAAAUAUAUAGGAGGUCAUCAUAUGGAGGAAGUAGCACAGCCAUUGCCAAAGAAUUUGAAAAAAAUAAUGGAUGAAUGUAAAGAUGGUGUAAUCUACGUUGAUUUAGAGACAAGGCUAUUCAGUCAACAUUUGCAAGAAUUCAUUAUGCAAGAGUUAAUAGAAGCGUUUGGUCAAAUAAAACAAACUGUGAUAUGGAAGUACGAUGAAAUCUUAGUCAAUUUACCAAAGAAUCUGUAUACAAUGAAGAAACCACCACAGCAAAGCAUUCUGAGUCAUGCAAAUACUGUUGCAUUUGUCAACCAUGGUGAUAUGGUAUCAAUAAUUGAAGCUGCACACUAUGGUGUGCCUGUAAUUGGCAUCCCAGUGAUGGAAGAUCAGAUUGCAAACAUGGAUUCCGUGAUAGAAAAAAACUGGGGGGUCAAGAUAGAUUAUAAUAAUAAAUUAUCGUGGAAGAUUCUAGACGCCAUUGAUAUAAUUGAAAGUGAUAAAAGCUUUCUAGCGAAGGCGGCAGCAGUAAAAUCUAUACUUCGAUACCGCUUGACAUCUCCUCGGAAAGAAUUCCAACAUUGGAUCCAAAUGAUAAUCAACACUCGUGGAGCUCCACAUCUACGCUCUUCAAACCCAACUGUCUCGACUUUAGAGAAAUACAAUAUUGACAUAAUUCUACUACUUAUUAUGUUGCUUUGGUUCUUUUCAAAAGUGAUAAAGGUAUUUAAAGUCCAUUUUAAUAAUAAUAGUGAUGAUUUAGAUAAGAAGGACUUAUGA